UGUGCUGGCGAGGGAGUGGCGUGUGUCGUGAACAGGAAGACAGACGUGAGCCACAGGAAGUGGUCACAGUGCCAGAGAGGGACUCCCUCUGAUGGGAGGGGGCGAGUGACACUGAUGCUCCUGCAGAGGCGGCGAGAGAGACGCCACCUGCUCAUUCACACGCCGUCGGGUUUCCAUCACUUCAGAGGACAUCACAUGACUUCUGUUCAUUUCCUGCAGAGGAAACAAAACAGCUUCAUGGAUUUGUCAUCAUGAUAUUCGCCCCGUCAGUCCUCCCUUAUCUUCAGCCUUGGCCCCGCCCUCUUCUUCACCGCCUCCUGUCAGAGUUCUGGCCCAAUGGCUGCGCAGCGUCAUGCAGACGGCUGAGCACGAAGGGCCACGCCCCUCAGCCUGUGAUUGGUCAGGACUCGGUGCAGGUGUUAGGCCAGUCAUACCCGCGUGAUGACUUCACCAACGUCACUCCAAAGAUCUUGGAAAAGGUGGGCUGCAACCUCCACAACCAAUCCCAUCAUCCUCUCUGGCUGAUCAAGGAGCGCAUCAAAGCUCACUUCUACAGCUCGUACAUCGGCCGAUCGGGAAACCCCCUCUUCUCCGUCCACGACAACCUGAGUCCUGUGGUGACUACGGAGCAGAACUUUGACAGCUUGCUGAUCCCGCCCGGACACCCCAGCAGGAAACGAGGAGACAACUAUUACCUGAACAGGACGACGAUGCUUCGCGCUCACACCUCCGCCCACCAGAGGGACCUGGUGAGGGCGGGGCUGGAUGCCUUCCUGCUGGCCGGAGACGUUUACAGGCGGGACGAGAUCGACGCCAGCCACUACCCCGUCUUCCACCAGAUGGAGGGAGUGCGACUCUUCUCCAACCGCCAGCUGUUCUCCCGGGUGCAGAACGGCGGCGAGCUGUCUCUGUUCGAGCGAGGAGGGCGGCGGACUCCCGAGAAGCAGGAGACGCACACUCUGGAGGCAGUGAAGCUGGUGGAGUUCGACCUCAAACGCACUCUGACACAACUCGUCUCUUACCUGUUCGGAGCAGAUCUGGAGAUCAGGUGGGUCAACUGCUACUUCCCCUUCACUCACCCGUCCUUUGAGAUGGAGGUGCGUUUCCAGGGCGACUGGAUGGAGGUGCUGGGCUGUGGCGUGAUGGAGCAGGAGCUGCUAAACUCUGCGGGGGCGGAGGACAAGCUGGGCUGGGCGUUCGGUCUGGGCCUGGAGAGGCUGGCGAUGGUCCUCUACAGCAUCCCGGAUAUCCGGCUGUUCUGGAGUCAGGACGAGCGAUUCCUCAAACAGUUCAGAGUUCAGGACAUCCACCAACCCAUCUGCUUCCAGCCGCUCAGUAAGUACCCACCUCUCCAUAACGACAUCUCCUUCUGGCUGCCGGAUGACAAAGAGAGCGAGGCAGGCAGAGAGAGCUUCACGGAGAACGACUUCUACGAGCUGGUGCGCUCCAUUGGAGGAGACCUGGUGGAGAAAGUGUCUCUCGUGGACAAUUUUACACACCCAAAGACCGGGAGGCGGAGUCAGUGUUACCGCAUCAUCUACCGCCACAUGGAGCGAACUCUGACCCAGCAGGAGGUCCGACUCGUCCACCAGCAAAUCGAACAAGCUGCUGAGAGCGAGCUGGGCGUGCAGGGCCGAUUCUGACACACGCGCACACGCACACGCACACACACGCACACGCACACGCACGCACACACACACGCACACACACACGCACACACACACACACACACACACACACAUAAAUGUAUUUAUAUACCUCAGAGCUGUUAAGCAGCUUCGUCACAUCCCCGUAGCUGUGAGAUUUCACUGUGAGGGGAAACACGUUGAUUUCAAUAAAGACGUCACCGUCUUUGAUGCUGCGCACACACACACACACACACACACACACACACACACACACACACACACACACACACACACACACACACAUAUCAUCCUUUGCCGGCUCCUCCCAAGGCUGAAACAUUCACUUGUGUCACUUUUAAUUUCCCAAAAACCUGGUCAGCCGUUUGGACCUCGGCAGCUGCUCGGACUACAGAGAACAUCAGAGCAUCUUUAUCAUCCCUGCCUCGGAUAAUAAAUCCAUCAGACUGAGCCGAGCGCCGUCUGCACAUCCUUCGGAUGUUUUCCGGUUUGUUCCGUCGUUAAUAACGAGGUGGUGCUCGCCGGGCGGACGCAGAAACACCUCGCCGCGUUGAGACGUGACGGCCUCUGCAGCACAUGAGAAUGAGUCACUUUCAGUGAUUUGUGUUUCCAUCGUUAUUGUGACAAUGAUAUUCUGAGAUGCAGCCUGCAAAUUCAGCUUUUGGCUUCUUAUUUUUAAGUUUGCAAGAACAUGAUGUGUAGAUACAGAAAUAAAUCAGCAGCAGACGGAUGCAGGGGAAACUCUGCACCUGCAAAAGUUUCAGCAACUUCAGGAAGGCUUCAGCAGCGUGGGGGGUGGGCCUGUUCUGGUUUAAGUUAGCUGGACCGAACAGGGACCGCACUGACCUUUGACGCAGACCUCACUUCCAGGGGUUCAGGUUUGGGCUGGGGUAACGUUCGCCUGUUUGACAGAUGCUUUUCAAAAUGAGUGCCUGAGGUUCCAUCUUCUAGUCUCUGAAGAGUUUACCUGUUUAGCAAAAGGAACCAUAAUCUAACUCGAGAUGAGGCGACAUGGACGUCGGCAGGUCUUCGUGUCAUCCUCGUCCAAACAGUAAUCUCUAUAAACAGAUGUCAACAUCUGGACCUGUGGGCGAGCAGCCAGAAACUCUCUGAAGUCCACUGUGCUGAUGUUUGAGGAUGUUCGAAGGUGAAAAGGUCGAGAGCAAAACCACAGGUGGUCAUGUGAUAAGACGCAUCCCUAACCCUCCAACCACAGGCAACAUGUAGGAUCAGUGUUACUGUGAGGAGGUCAGAUCAUCUGCGUAUCUGCUGCUUCUGCUCAACUGAAGAAAGCUGAUGUGAAAUGAAAAUAAACGUGUUCUCAGCUCCUGCUGUGCAGCCGGUGUUUAUGGGCGAGCUCAGUAACAGGAGCUUCGUUUCAGAGGAGCGUUCCUGGAGACUCGAACAGCUUCAUGGUGCUUCAUCUGCUCACGUCAGAUUUCACUGAUGCGUUCAGCAUCUGCAGAACUCCCUGACAUUACAGUGUGAUCCUGUAAUGAGCACGUUUCCAUCAAACGCUGAUCGUGCUCCAGGUUUAGUUAGAAUAUGAAACCUCCCACUGGAUCAGGUCACACGUGUAAUCCCGUUCACAGCUUCAGAACAUGAAAUCCAGCAUCACCACCGGGAACGUCGGGAUGCUUUCCAAAGUCCGACGGACUCUCUCUGCGUCUCAGCGAACGAUGAGUUUGAUAUUUACAAACCAAAGUUUCCGUCUUUCUUUCCUUCAUGUACGAGAGCUUUAACGAGCCGCUGUCUGAGUUUAGAUACAAACAUUAAAAGUUUUUGGUCACGUU